AUGGUCUCCGUGGCCCCUCGACGUGACACUGCCUUGAGUUUAAGAGUCUCCAAUGAGCGCUCCCUCGCAGCUCUCGUUUUUGUUUUCUUGUUUGACGUCCUACGCCUAGGUAGAGUUAUGGAGAACUGUAGGAACCCCGCAGUGAAGAUUAUCAUGCCCGACAUAGACAGCGACCUACUACGGUACGAUCCUUCGUCGACGAGCCUCAAACGUGAGAUGGGAAAACUGGUUGAGGAGCUGCCUGAAGCCAUAGGAAACGUCGUCAAUGGCAUGUCUACUGACCCAGCUACUGCGAGGGAUGGUCUUCGACAGUUUGAAACGUUGGUGAAGAGCAUGUAUCACGGCUUGGAGAUCCUGCGGGAACACGAGGCCAAGAGGCUAGCGCUGCAGUUGGCUCGAGAGCAAGUGGAUGACCUUGUGUCAACGCUCGGAGAUAUGAGAGCUGCAACCGAAGCAGCGAAAGAGGUCUUGGGUCCCGAGGAGAAUGACCAUCAGCAGUCAGCGGCUGCCAUUGAUGAGAUAGUGUCCGUUAAGACAGAAGGCUUAAGUACUGUUGAAGACCGUAGUCCAAAACGGAGGAAGAAACGGUGA